UAUAUAUCUUCCCCACCCCUGCUGUUCACAUACAGGCUAUUCGCCAUAGGCUCCACAAUAUCAAAGGUCUAGUAUAGAGAGAUCAGUGUGUUAGCCCGAUUCAUUAUGGAGACUCUCAAAGCGGUCUUUUUCGGUCCCGAUCCUCAGGCACAGAUGAGAAAAUGCAACGCACUCAUCCGCGCCAAUACUCGCCAAUUGGACCGCGAUAUUGCACAGCUCAGGACUCUGGAGAACAAAACGCGGCAAUACAUUAUGAACGCCUCCCGUCGAGCCGAGCGAAAUCCAUCACAGUCGAAGCAGGCCACUAAGGAGGCUAAGACGUUUGCUCGCGAACUGGUUCGGAUCCGGAAACAAUCCACCCGUCUACACACGAGCCGAGCCCAACUACAGAGCGUCCAGAUGCAGGUCAACGAAGCAUUCUCGGUGCGCAAGAUCCAGGGAAGUCUGAAGAAGUCGACUGGGAUCAUGAAGGACGUCAACACCCUCGUGCGACUACCCGAAUUGAACGCGACGAUGCGUCAACUUUCGACCGAGCUGGUCCGGGCUGGUAUCAUCGAGGAAAUGGUAGAUGAUGCGAUGCCAGACAAUGAACUCUACGAGGAUGAACUGGAUGAGGCUGAGGAGGAGGUUACUAAGGUCUUGCAGGAGAUCUUGCAGGGAAAGCUUGCGCAAGUCGACGCGGUCAAAGCCGAGGAGCCAUUGGAGGAGACUCCCGCCGCCGAAGAGCAGUUCGAAGACCAGGAGGCCACUCUCGAACAAAUGAGAGGCCGACUGGAAGCCUUAAAGAGCUGAGUGCUAUGAACCCCGGAUUGAGCCUAUGUCUACGUAUGCCUGUAAUAUGAUGUUACGAGCGACCCUGAAAUGCUGCCAAAAGCAUGGUUCUUUGUUAUAUAUUCAUUCUUGGA